AUGGGAUCCAUGCCAUCCAUGAAACCCCGACGCACCCCGCUCAAGAACUCGGGUUCAAUCGACCACCUCGAGUACGUCGAUGUCACGCCCAUCAUCGGACGCGAGUAUCCGACGGCGAAACUCACGGAUAUUCUGCACGCGCCGAAUGCUGACGAUCAGAUCCGGGACUUGGCCAUCACCAUCUGUGAGCGCGGCGUGGUCUUCUUCCGCGCGCCACAGGACGACCUCACCGUUGCCGAACAGAAGCAGAUCACCGACCUGCUAGGCAAAUUGACCGGCCGACCAAAGGAGAAUGGCCUUCAUGUGCACCCGCUGUACAAUGAUCCCAAUAACAUUCCCAUGGCGGAUGGCACGACGGAUGAGAAUAUCUAUGUCAUCAACUCGGAAGCAAUGAAGAAAUUGUAUGCGACCAUGAAGAAUCGGCCGAAUAGUCUGGACGAACCGAAGGACUUGAGCCGCGAGUGGCAUAGUGACUGUCUUUUUGAAGAAUGUCCCGCAGACUUCAGUUUCCUGCGGAUGCAAGACACCCCUCCUGCGGGCGGUGACACGCUCUGGGUUUCCGGAUACGAACUUUACGACCGCCUCUCUCCACCCAUGCAAGCCUUCUUCGAGACUCUGACCGCAACCUGUGCCCAGCCCGUGUUCAAGUCCGCCACUGAAGCGGGAGGGUACAAAGUCAUGUCUCCUCGUGGUUCGCCGCUGAAUGUCGAUCUGAACUUCUCCCCCGUGCACCCGGUUAUCCGCACGCACCCGGUCACAGGGUGGAAAUCGCUCUUCGCUGGCGUUGGGUUGCACGUCAGUCGGAUCAACGACGUGUACACGUAUGAGGACCAGAUCAUUCGCGAUUAUGUGCUCAGGUUGAUCACGCGGAACCACGACUGCGUUGCGCGAAUGCACUGGACCAAGCAGGCGUGUGCGAUUUGGAGCAAUCCUUGUACUUUGCAUGCUGCGACGGUGAGUUAUGCCUUCUACUGGAAAUUCAGUCUCCCCGAUACUCACCUAGUGGAUGGAGUCAGAACUGGCGUGCGUGCCUCAGGCGUGGGAGAGAAGCCGUAUCUUGAUCCGGCGUCGACUGGACGGCGGGAAGCGCUAGGGUUGCCGAGGGCGUAG